AUGUGGUUAUUAAGCACUAUAUCAUUCAAAAUGCAAUUCUUGGGUAUGAUUUUUGUGGUUCUGUUCGCCCUCAUGAGCUUCCAGAGCGUGGUUCUGGCCUGCAUCAACAACGGCGACGGCUGCCAACCUGACGGAAGUCAAGGUAACUGCUGUUCCGGAAGUUGUCACAAGGAACCUGGCUGGGUGGCUGGAUAUUGCAAGUAAACUCCGAUUUUUUGGGAUUGAAAUGAUGUAUUUUUUUGGUUAUGCUUAUGGUUAUUCAAUAAAUGUUUAAUAUGUAAGAA